CGCAGCCCGCAGUCGCUUGCGCGCAGCAGCACUUCGCACCGCCGCCCCAUCCCAUUGCCGCCAGUGUCUGCUCGAUCCGAUGGCUCCCACGAAGAAGUCGAAGAAGAGCACAGAGAGCAUCAACAACAAGCUGCAGCUGGUGAUGAAGAGCGGCAAGUACACCCUGGGCUACAAGACCGUCCUCAAGACGCUGCGCAACUCCAAGGGAAAGCUGAUCAUCAUCGCAAACAACUGCCCUCCACUUAGGAAGUCUGAGAUUGAGUACUACGCCAUGCUGGCCAAAGUUAGUGUGCACCAUUUCCACGGAAACAAUGUUGAUCUUGGCACUGCCUGCGGCAAGUACUACAGGGUGUGCUGCCUCAGUAUCAUCGACCCAGGUGACUCGGACAUCAUCAGUACCACCCCUGGCACCCAGUGAGCCAGCCCCGGCACCCAUUGCAGCUGCUUCGCCUUUCUCAAGAUGAGAUGAGAUGUAGCGCUCCGGCCCUAUGUCCGUUUCCUUUUUUUAUCUUUUAGCUAUGUAAUUUUGCUACCAUGUGUCCAUCUACCAUACUGAUAGUACCUCUUAUUAUGGCUGCUAUGCAAGGCAUAUCCAUGGUUUUGUUUGAUGAGAUGGUUGUACUUGUUCUCUUGUUGAUGUUGAUCGGAUCAGGUCAAUCGAUGCGCUGAUGGGCUGCUUGGU